AUGAACGUUCCAUCAAUCGCCGUCGAAGAGGCGGCGCCAAACUAUGUAUAUAAAAAAUUGCAGAAUAAGGAUGACUUUCGCUUGAUCACAAUUCUCCCCGGUCGUUUUGAGGACAUCAUUCUUCUGGAGAUCUCACAUGUUCCCCUACUGCCGCUUCAUCCGACGAUCUCGCAACGGAUGGCCCUGGCAGAGUUGAAGAAAACACUGCCUCCAAACUGGGAUGUUCAUGAGGCACGCGCAAGCUAUCGAUUCCUGUUUUCCUACAAGAACCCGGAAACGGGGUCACAGAUCUCAUCGUGGACGCACCCCAUCGGUACUAUCGAUCCAUGGCUCUACCUCCAGUCGAACGAAGGGAGAGAAGACUACGAGCCGAGAUAUGAAGCCUUGUCCUACACAUGGGACUCGCCACUUCAUCCUGAAACAGUAUACAUCGCAACCGGCACCUCCUCCUCGAAGCUCUCCAUCAGGAAGAAUCUCGCCUCUGCCAUCCGUCAUCUUCGCUACCCUGAUAAACCACGCACGAUAUGGAUCGACGCCCUCUGCAUCAACCAGUCGGAUGUCAACGAACGGAACGAACAGGUCCCUCGCAUGGCCGAUAUCUACUCACGUGCCCAGCGCGUGGUCGUGUGGCUGGGCCCAGAUUCGGCAAACGGUAGCCAUACGAUGCGAAUCCUCGAUUUUCUGGGGAGUCAGACCCUAACGACCGUCGACAACUUGGUCAUCGCCACCCCUGAGGCGACAGAAAGACACUGGGAUCACCGGACGGUGCUCCCGUACGAUCGCGGCACUUGGAUGGGCAUCGCCCAGCUCUUGAAUAGAGACUAUUUCAAACGGCUAUGGAUCAUCCAGGAGAUCCAGCUCGCCAAGGAGGUUAUUUUGUGCUGUGGAAAUGGCUCUGUAAGCUGGGAUCAUUUUUCCAACGCAGUCAAUUUCCUGUAUACGAGUGAGCACCUCUCGCAGUCACUCAUUCCGCGGAUGAGGCUGCGGCUAGUGAAGCGUCUAGCGCAAAUGGGGUUCAAUUACCCCAUCUCUUGGAAUCUCCUAAAUUUGGUGGAGGGAAGGGCCUGUUCCGACCAGCGAGAUCUCAUCUAUGGUCUCCUCGGCCUGCUACCGGCGUCGUUUUCUUCUCGGAUCGAGCCUCGCUAUGACCUACCGGUCCGACAUGCUUACAAAGAGGUCAUGCUGGCGCACAUUGAGCAUGUGCAGCGACUUGACUUUUUCGAGGCAUGCUCUCUCGCGGGGAGAGAGCAGCCCGGAACUCCUUCGUGGGUGCCCGACUUUUCGGCACCGCCGGCGGUCGGCAGAGAGGUUGGCAUGCAGCUCGCCGCUGGGUACUCACGGUGCUGGGCAGAAUGUAGAUGGGAGGAGCAAUUGCAGCAGGACGUCUUGAAGGUGGCUGGAGUGCAAUGCGCCAAAAUAACACAUGUGAUGGAACUAAUCCCGGUAAGCGACAAUCCUUUGAAGACAUUGGUUGAUGUGAGGGCUUUGGAGCCUGACGAUCUCGACACUGCGCCGUUGUAUGUCACAGGCGAGCCUUUUCGGGUGGCAUACGCAAAGACAGUGGCUGGGAAUCAUGUACAGGAGAGGUUCCCCACGCUCAAGUUUCCAGAUUUGGAAACCUGGUUGACACAGGACUCCCCAAACGCUCUGUUUGGGAAAUGGGGUAAGAGGGGAUUGCCCUCUCCUGAAGCUUGGGAUAAUCAUGCCAAAGUCCCGCUUGUAUUCUCUGAGGAACGAGCCUUGCGACUGUUACAGGGUCGACGGUACUUUGUCACUGACAGGGGAUAUAUCGGGUUAGGACCUGCGGGUUGCGAAGUUGGCGACAUCAUCUGUGUUUUCCUUGGUUAUGACGCUCCAGUGGUGCUGCGGACACAGUCGGGAAACCUCAAAAAUUUUGCCCUUAUCGGCGAUGCAUUCGUCUACGGGCUGCACGACGCCACUGCGCUGCUGGGCCAACUACCCAGUCCAUGGCGAGUGCAAGUCUUUGAGGAUGAGGCUGGCUAUUUAACGGCAUACAGGUUCUUCAACCCACAAUCCAACGUGCUCUCGGAUGAGGACCCAAGGCUUAGGCCCCUUGAACAGUGGACGAGGGUCACUAGCCCUCCUAGGACCGCGGAUGACCCGGUCAUAUUCCAGUGCUUCCAGCAUAACCAGACGGGGGAGAUUAUCAAGCAUGAUCCUCGGUUGAACCCAGAAGCUUUGAUCGCGCGUGGCUUGAAUGUAAAUACCUUUUGCCUUGUUUAG